UGUGGGAAAUGCAAUCGACGGCCGCACCAUAUUCACGUCCUCGCCGGCUCCGCCCGACGCAGCCUCAAGUUGCUGCCGCCGCCGCCGCAUCUCUUCCCCCUCCACCAACACCACCACCACGUCGAGAACACAGCGGACAGCCCUCGUUGUUCCGGGGCCCCGUCGUCGCAAUCGCGAGUUAUCGCCGAUUUAAGCUGAGGUCGCGGUAAACGCCGUUCCAAGGGCAAGAUGACGACGCGCUCGGAGCGCGAGAAGGCGCUCAAGCAGAAUGAACAGCACCAGGCUCUGCUCGUGGGGAUGCUGCGAGAAGAGGACAAUAAGUACUGCGCCGACUGCGAGGCGAAAGGUCCCAGGUGGGCAUCGUGGAACCUCGGCGUGUUCAUGUGCAUCCGUUGUGCGGGCAUCCACCGCAACCUGGGCGUGCACAUUUCGCGCGUGAAGUCUGUCAAUCUCGACCAGUGGACGCCCGAGCAGAUCCAGAACAUUCAAGAGAUGGGCAACAGGAAAGCACGACGUCUGUACGAGGCCAACCUGCCAGACAGCUUCAGGAGGCCGCAGUCCGACCAUGCCGUCGAAAUUUUCAUCCGAGACAAGUAUGAAAAGAAAAAGUACAUGGACAAAAGUUUGGACAUUAACGCUCUUAAGUCCUCAGCUUCCUCGGCGUCACUAUCAGGAGAGAGCCGAGUGGAGAAGGAGAAGGACAAACGGGUGGAGGAGAAGAAAAAGGAGAAGCCAGUUCCCCUCAGCAAACCCAAAGCCAAGUCUCCUGAGCAGCAGCAGCAGCGGCCACCAAUUCCUUUACCAAAGGCGGCAGCUCCACCAAAGCCAGCUGAGCCUCCUGUGGACCUUCUCGGCUUGGAUGCACAAGGGUGGCACAGCGAAGGAUCCGCUGUGCCCAAUGGGACGGGUGGUGGAAUGGGAAGUGACCUGGAUAUUUUUGGUCCCAUGGUUUCCAACCCCCUGCCAGUGUCCACCAGUCAGGACUCAACAGGAAUGCCUGCAUCAGAAAGUGCUGACAGUGGCAGUAACAGCGACCUGAGUCUUUUCUCCGAGGCUGCGGCCAAGGCAGAGGAUGCCGCCAAGAAACCCCUCACCAAGGACUCCAUCAUGUCCCUGUACGGCCCAGUGCCCAGCCAGAACCUCAAUCAAGGCAUGUACUACGCUCCGACCCCCAGCGCUGCAUACGCACAGCAGUCGCAGCUCGCCGCAUCGUACGGCCAGCCUCCUGUGGGUUACGGAGCUCCCGGCAGCAUGACGCAGCAGCAGCAAAUGCAGCAACAGCAGCAGCAACAAGCCAUGGUGGGCCUAAUGGCACAGCAGCAGGCCAUGGCUGGUCUAAUGGCUCAGCAGCAACAGGUGCACCAGCAGCAGGUGCUGGCGGGGGUAAUGGCGCAGCAGCAGAUGGCUGGGGUGAUGGCGGGCGUGCCGAAUGGAUACGGCCCUAAUGCAGGGGCAGUGACGCCGGCAAUGAUGGGCCUGAGUGUGGGGCCUGGCAUGGUGGGAGGGCAGCACGGGAUGGUGGCACAGCCCGUGUAUGGUAUGGCCCCACAGAUGAACGCUGCUGCUCACCAGUGGAAUGUCAACCAGCUGAGUCAACAGAUGGCGGGAAUGGCGGUGGGUGUGCCUGCUGGUGUCAUCGGAUACGCGCAGCCUAGCGGUGGUGCAGGUGGCGUCUGGGGCGCCGGAAUGGGGACCCAGUCCUUGGCCACGCAUACCUGGAAAUAGCGGAAGCUGCCCCGACGCACCACCAGCCCUUCCUUACCCUCAUCCAACCAGCAUCAUUUACCCGCCAAGGACUUGCCCGUACAGUAUGCUGGCCAGCUGGACUCACUGUGUCUUGAGAAACACGGGUGCUCACCACCUGGGCACUGUCACCCACGCACCACCUUGCACUAUUACACACGCCUGACAAUCACACACACCCACCCACGCACCACCUUGGAUAAACACACAGUCUGGCAGUAUCUCAUACACUACCUACAACAUUUGUAUUCCACAAUUGUUUGCAGAAGAAAUCCUGUGAAAACAUUCCAUCAUUGGGGCAUCGACGUAUCGUGUUGCUGGUGCUGGAGGUCCUGCUGUCGGUGCUGGUUUUCGUCCUGGGGCUGAUGGUGGCGCUGCUAGUGUUGCAGGCACUGGGCAAGUCAAUUUAUGGGUAAACGCAACCACAUAGAGCCAUCCUAUCCCCAUGUACACAGGUGUACAGUAAUGCUAUAUAUGAAUAUACAAUAUAUUAUUUUUAGACAAAUAUGCCACCAUGUAAUUCUUUCUCACGUGUGCUACAUUCUGACACCCUGUUUAGUGGUCUUGGGCUAUCGGGCGUCCAGAAUUUGCGCAUGCGUAGUGGGGUGGGGGCUUUUGUGGACAGACGUACCCACAUAUGUGUCGGAGCAAAACAGACACAUACAGCGCGCUGCUUGUGUACCGGGCAGCAUUGUGGAGGAAGUGCACCGCACAAGGAUUAUAAAACGUGCCCAUCGUACGGUCCGUGACAUUGCCCAGCAUGCUGUCCUUUUGAGGUCCUUUGUGCUUUCCAAUAAUGUUCCAACCAAGUUUGUCAGUCACAUGUUAAAUAAAGAGGCAAAGGCAUUUAAUGUAACAAAAAUAAUCUCCACUGUGGAAGAUGUGUUCUGUCUAGCUUUGAAUUUUGCGAGCCUUUGUAGAGAGGUUUGUUUGCUGUGAUGCCACUGCCUUCUGAAUUUGUACAUGGGGACUAGGUUGUCGCUCUAAACUUAACUUUACCAAAGCAUGUUGGGAUUAAAAUUGAAACAGUGAAAUUAUUAUAAAGACGUGUGUUUAACAUAGCGUGUGCUUUAAAAAGUCACGGAGUCUGCUCAAACAGCCUUUAGGUAGUACACAUCCUCCAUUGGCAAUCCUGAGCCAGUCAUGAAAAUUCCACGUUCAUUUUGCAUGAUCCAGGCUUCUAAUCGAACAAUCGCUGUUUAAACAGACUGAUGUGAGAAUGGACAACCAAUCUUAUUGAAAGUGCUUUGUAAAAGCCAGAGAUGUGAGUUUGCUGACUGAUUUUAUUAAGACACGGCCUUGAGUUGCUGGUGUUGCCCCCUUAGACAAUAUCUUUCUGCAUUCUGCUCAGCUACGGUUGGCUGUCAUUGUCAAGAGUUUUGCACAGUUGUGCAAAGCCUUGCUAUUGUGUGUGAGCAGCACAGGCUUUUGUGUGUAUGAACAGCUAUGGUUCUUUUAUUACAUCUACCAGCUGGUAAUUGUCAUGUUGAGCUAUGUAACGGAUUUUUUUUCUUGUUUGACAUUGUAAGAAAAUGUAUUGCCGUGUCUGUGAUAAUUGUUAAAUGUGGAAAUUAUAAAUACAAAAACAUAAGUGGGGGUCAGUAAAUGUCUUCACUUUGAUCAAUGUUGCGAUCUUGUACAGAAAUCAGUUUGUUAUAUGAGAGAUCUGCCAGUGGCUAUUGAUUUUUGUUCUGCAAAAAUAGUUAGGCAUGUGUCAUUACCCAUGUCCGUACGAUUGAGCACAUGCUUGUAUAUGUACUAUCCAUUAGCGUGUAGACAUCAUGGUAAGAAAUUAAAUUAAAACAAAAUUAGUACUAUGUACAGCAUGUCCUUGUAUAGUACAUUGUUGUAUGGGCAAGUCAAAGUAUCUCCCUGUUCGUACAAGUAUUGGGGUGGUGCUGCUCAUCUCUGUUGGCAGUCCUGAAUCACAUUCCAGUGACAAGGGUCAGUUCCUUUACAGCACGACCACUGUUUAUUUUUUCUCCAGAGUGGUCGGCAUUUUAUUGACCCCAGAGGGAUGAAGGGGCUGAGUGGAUUUCACGGCCAAUAUUUGAAGUCGCGACCCACCAAUUUGCAAGUUGGGCACUUAACUGGAGCACCACCUGUCCAGAUAAUGUAUGCUUGGGUGUACACACAAACACACUAUGUGCACCUUUCCAUAACACCAACUCAUUUGUGUUUGUAAACUUGAAACUAUUUUUGCUGAACAGAUCUAAAUUAUAAGCUUAAGAGGUAAAGACUUGAUGCAUGAUGGCUGAAUCAAGCUUAUACAAUGAUUUAAAUUUGUCUAAUUUCCUAUUGCAUAUUUUAUAAAUCUGUAUGAUUUCUGUAGCAGAAAGUUCAUUUUAUAUUGUUUUUGUAGCAUAUGCUUCCUGUGUAUUACAUAUAUAGACACUUAAAUCAGUUAUUUAAAUUGUAAUUUGCGAUGGUUAGCCAUUGCAUUGUUUUGAGGGGGGAGGUACUUGAGGGGCUUCUUCAAAGCAGUGGCUGUCAAAAGGGACAUUGCCUGCCAAGAGCAUGUGCACGCUUGGCAGCAAUUGUGUACAAGACAACAUGUAAACGUGUGAGCCAUAUGCUAAGUUUGCACAUUUGUAAUUUGGUUUCUUGGGAUUUGGUAGCAUUGCACCAAUAAAAAAAAGUAUCGGUUUGUGUCCCUUUUAAGCCAGCAUUGUUCGGUGCCUUACUUCCAUUGGCAAUCCUGAGCCAGUGGUGGAAAUUGGACAUUCCUUGGUUGGGAACCAAGGCUCUCCAUAGGAUGACCACUUGUUGACCUCCAUUGACCAUAUUGUGCAGCCUUCCUGCUUGAUACCGAUUUCAAUGACCCCAGUUGGAUUUUUUUCCUACAAUAGCUGGCUGCACUAUUUCUCAUUGACAACAGCAUGGAGAUGGCCCUCUGGGAACUGGGCUUAACGUACGUGCCUAAAACCCAGUUCUUGAUGGUGUACAACAAAUACAUUGUUCGAAUCGAGGUACAAAUAUUCUGGCAUGGUAGUUUGACGCGCAAACGAAUUGGUGCAAGUAAAAAGUCGCUACCGGGGUGUCAGCUCUUCCCAUUAUACCUUCGGGGUGAAUAAUAUUAUACGAGUACAACUUCAUAGGAAGUCAACAGUGGUCGUUAUAAUCAACAGACUGGACCUUGUAGGAAUGUGGAAUUUCUGUCACUGGCUUAAGACCAGAAAUCGAGUUGAGCACCACCCACAAUAAUUGUAUGGUCGUGGAGUAAUAGUAUGAUUGUGCACUUGACUUUGUUUCUAAUAAAAUACCUUACGAUGGA